UCACGAAAUUGUACGAGAUCGGAAUUGCAGAGGAUUUUUUUCCUCAGUCAUGGCUCUCUCGGUCCACCUUCGACCUCACAUUUCCUUCUCAGAAACCCACCCAAACCCUUCAAUUCUCACACCCGGGAAGCUCACGAUCUCUGUUCCUACAAAGCUCUGGAAGUUCUCCCCUAUUAAAUCUGUUCAUGGAAAACAUGAACUUCCCUCUGCUGUCUCUGAGAAGCCAAGAUGGGUUAAGGUGCUUGAUACAGCAGCAAGCCUGUAUCCACUCUAUGUGACCGUUGGAGGAAUCGUUGCUUGUGUAAAGCCAAAUGCUUUCUCAUGGCUUGUGAAGAGAGCCCCUGCGUCAUACACCAUCUCUCUUGGGUUCAUUAUGCUGGCAAUGGGUCUCACCCUGGAGCUCAGGGACUUCUACAGUUUGUUCAUGCAAAGGCCCUUUUCGAUACUGUGCGGAUGUGUUGCUCAGUACACAAUUAUGCCAUCAUUGGGAGUGAUUAUAAGUAAAUCCCUUGGGCUUCCUCCUUCUAUUUCAGUUGGUUUGAUUUUGCUUGCUUGUUGCCCUGGAGGUACCGCAUCUAAUGUGGUAACUUUAAUUGCUCAAGGGGAUGUGCCACUGUCCAUUGUAAUGACGGUAUGUUCCACUCUUGGAGCAGUAGUUCUCACUCCUCUCUUGACCAAGAUUCUAGCAGGGACUUAUGUUCCUGUUGAUGCCAUCAAGCUAUCCCUCAGCACCCUGCAGGUUGUUGUUGCUCCGAUUCUGCUGGGUUCUUAUAUGCAGAGCUCAUUUCCAGCUUUUGUAAACAUUUUUACACCUUUUGCACCCCUCCUUGCUGUUUUAGCUUCAUCGUUACUUGCUUGCAGUGUAUUUUCAGAAAAUGUUGUUCACCUCAAAUCAGCAGUACUGAAUGCAUCUUGGUCCUCUGAUCUGUCACCACUGCUUCACCUCAAAGAAUUAUUAUCUGGAGAGUUGGGGGUUGUAAUAUUGUCUGUGCUGCUAUUGCAUUUUGGAGGUUUCUUUGUGGGGUAUAUUUCAGCAGCUACCUGUGGGUUUAGAGAAUCACAACGACGGGCAAUUUCAAUUGAGGUUGGCAUGCAAAAUUCAUCAUUGGGUGUUGUCCUUGCCACCUCUCAUUUCACCUCUCCAAUGGUUGCCUUGCCCGCUGCCAUGUCAGCCGUGAUAAUGAACGUGAUGGGUAGCAGUCUGGGAUUAAUUUGGAAAUGUAUCGAACCUUCUGACUCCAAAACGGCACCUAAAGGUGAUUAGGUAUGAGGGAUGGUUCCCGGAUGUCCUUGCUUAAAUUCACCAUCUUCAUUAAGCCUCAUCUUGGCAUUUUUUUUUCUACUUCUCUGUAAUUGUUUUCUUAUUGGUUCUAUAAUUAUUGAAUAUUUGAUGGAUGUGUGAAGGAGGAAAUAGUAAGUUUGAGUCGAGACAAGAAACAAUUUUCUCUGUCCAUCAUUAAGGCUGCUCUGCAACAUUAAGUAGCUUUGUCAAUCUCCCAAUCUACCCACUGGACAUGAACUAAUAAUAGGGUUUUGUCAAGAGUAAUUCAUGGUAAAAAAAAUUUGACAUGACAUGACACAAUAUGAUUAAUAAAGAGUUUGUGUUACCUACUCUACCUGCUGGCCCCAUCCUUGGUUCUCUCUCUCUCUCUCUCUAUACCCAUGGAAUAUUUCUCACUCUCAAUCCUCUUUGAGGUACCAUUCAUCACAACAACCAUAAAUCUUCCUUCCAGAUGAUUAUGAAGUGAUUGUGUUAUAGCCCAUGAGUAAGCAAAGGGCAUUGAAGGAGAUCAGAAGAUUCUAUACAGGAGUGAGGAGGUGGAGAUAUCAGGUGUGGUAUGCCAAUUUUCCUAUAUAUUUUGAUUCACUUAAUGUCUAGUUCUUUUUCUUACUUUGUCAAGAGAUUCCAUUUAUGUAAGCCAAACAUAGUAUUAUAUGGCAUGGUGGAGAGGUAACAUGCAUAGUUUUAGUUCAUGGUAUCAGAUUGGGUAUUGGCCAUUUGAAAUCAACACGGCUAUCAAUCGUAUCAGAUGUUUUUUUCCCUCAAAGAUGCUGAUAUCAAAAUGAUAUCUCGGUUGGAUAUCAGUAUUGGCACACUCCGAUACCAAUACCUAAGACUAAGGUCACAUGAGUUUCUUCUUCAAUUUCCUCAAGAAGUAGAGUGGGGUUGAUGAUUUAAGUUGUACUGAUAUGUUUAUCUUCAAUUGGGAAGGCAGGAGCAUCAUCUGCACUGCCUAUUUGCUCGGGUUCUUUGAGGAAGUUGGUGUUAUGGGAUGGAUGCUGCAUGACUCUUAAGGCCAUAUUUGUUUGGCUAGAAAAAAGAAACAAAGAACAAGUUAUCAAGAACAGAACAGAAAAGAAAUAAGGUUCUUGAAAAAAAAAAGAAAAGAAUAAAUUAUCAACGUCUGGGUUAAUCUCCAACAGAAUGGAAUUUACCAAUACUCAGCUCCCUGUUUAGUCCACCAGUUGUGUCUAAAAUCUACUCAAUCCAUCUCUCAAGUCUAGCUCAUGAGAUGCCCUCUAGGUGGGUGGGUGCUUAGCUAUGUUGUGAGAUAAAUCAUGUGCUGAAAUUUUAUAGACAGGUAGAACUCAAGGUUCGUAAGGAUUUGCAUCUAUUAGUAUAUAUUUGGUGAUCAGUCCGCCAGUUUCUUUGAUCACAUUCGGUGUUCCUUUUCUAUUUUUUUUUCCAAUAGUUUUACGUAUUCAGAAAAGUUGUUGGCCCACGAAUGUGUUCUGAUCCUUAUGAUGAUGCCAGAAGUAGUUCCGAAAUUCAAGCCUAUCAAGAGGGUGCACGAGACUAAGAGGAGUGCAUAGACAUACAAGAAAACAGAUGGGAUGGUAAAUAAUUGAAUUUAAGUUUUAAAAUUUGAUGUGAUUUAUUAAGAUCAUUUCACUUAGGACCAAGUUUUCCUAAACCCACGGUGAAUGGGAAUUCAAUAACCAUAUGGUUUUAGAUGGCUGCGAGAGGGUAUCAUGAGGAUAUUUCAGGAGAAAUACUAAAACUUUAUAGGGGUUUAUGAAACCUAGGAUGAUGUGGUGAACCUUCCAGUGGGUGAAGAAAUUUUUUUCCAUUCAAUAUAUAUAUAUAUAUAUAUAUAUAUAUACAUGAUAGUUAGAAUUUUUACAUCAUUUGUCACAUGGCAGAGUUGCACCCAUUCUUGCUAUACACAAAUUUUUCAUCAAAGUUUUAAAAUGUGAAAACUUGGUAUGACAGAGGAAGAAAAGAAGAAUUUACUACUUCCAAGGUCAAAUGGAGGAUAUUUUUAUUUGAGAAAAUCUCUUUCACUCGGUGAAGAACUUCUAUAAUAAUUUUUACAUCACAUCUCAUAUACAAUAUAAUUCUUUAUAUUCGUAACAAAACAAAAUUCAAAAUAAUAAUGAGAAAAAAAAAUUAUAAAAAACAACACGAUUGUUGUGUCAAGACACAUGGAAGUGUGAAAUGAUCACCCUAUCUCGCAUAAAGUUAAAAAUUUUAUUGUUGUUGAUACUCCUAUGUACAUUCAUAUUAAUCCUUACGUUGACGCAGAAGUCAUGCCACCUUUUAAAGAAUCCUCUCGUAAAUAAUAAAUACUUAACUUAUCCACCAGGCCACUUCUCAUGCACAUAUGCCACACAAGCCAUGCAUUUCAUGUGUAUGUAACAAAUUCCUCACUUUAGGUCUUGUCUCUCUCUUUCUCCUCCCAUGACUUUGAUCACGCACAGACCAACUUAGUAGAGUUUUAUACUUUCACAUCAUCAUCAGCCUUGAAGAGUUGUGAGUCUUGUGACACAUCAUGUGAGGUAUCGAGUUUGAUGAAAGAGAAUACUGGACAACCACAGUCCACAGGUACCUCGUGCAUGAAGUAAAUGAAUAGACACAUCUCUUCAUGGAGAGAUGGGCCCACCACACCCCACUUAAUGGUUUGGUUUUUCUCCUCCUCCAGCAGACACGAGGUUUGCAUGAAGGUCCAAGUGGAAAAGCCAUCAUGUGCACGUGCCUAUACAGUUCUUCCUCUUCACCACUUGUCCAUUCUCUCUCUCUCUCUAAACCCGUCUCUGUGUCUUUGGGUGCUUCCCUCCUCUCCUUCUUAGCCCUGGCCAGGGGUGGUGAUUCGCUUGCUUCUUGCUUCCAAGAACAUGCCUCAGAGCACUUGCUUGUUUAGAGAAUAUCUCAUCGACGAAGAUCAACAUAAUAUGGCAAGAACAAAUGCACAAGGAUCUGAAACUAUCAACAGGAUUCCACUUUGCUCUUUAUUACCACCUGAAGUCAGUGUUACUUCCCAUUACCAACCAUUAUUGGAGCAAGGGUCAUUCCCAGCAGAUAGUCCAAGUGGAAUGGCACCUGCAUCCUCUAAUUAUAGUUCCUCAAAGGCACAACUCACCAUUUUCUAUGCAGGAAUGGUUUAUGUGUAUGACAAUGUUCCUGCUGAUAAGGCCCAAGAAAUUAUGCUUCUCGCCGGAGAAAGCUCUUUGUCGAAUUCAGUUACCAUGGAGACACCUGCUCUGCAAGUAACAACACCAUCUGAUCCUGAUUCCAGUUUAUUAUCCAUUUGCAAGCUUCAAGGAGGCAUUCAAAUUGCAAGACAGCAUUCUCUUAAGCGGUUCCUUGAGAAACGUCGGGAAAGAAUUACUUGGAUUUAUAGCACCCCAACACUCCAGUAAGGCUGAAACAUGCUAACAACAGAAAAAGAUCUAUGCAGCAUUACCUGUAAUUGUAGUGGUUGCUUCUAGAUAUGGUUUCUAUCGGUUGUGGCUGCAUCCAAGAGGAGAAGGGGGGAGGGUGGGUUAAUACUUAAUACCCACAAAACUCUAUGUUCAUAAACAAGUCUACUUGUGGCUCUCCCGUUAUAAAGCAAGAGAAUGGCAACCCAACAUCCAAUGAUUGCAUGGUCAACAAUGAAACCUUUUCUCCAGCAACUUUCCUUCAUAUUUAGAAUGCCUUUUCUCCCUGUUUCAUCCCAUAUUUUGGUUUAUUUGAUUGUUUCUCUGCUUUUGGCUGGUUCAAGGGAUUUAUGUUUCAGUAUUACUAUUACAUAACUAACUACCCCUAAAUGGUUUGAUCACCACUUGAUUAGAUCAGAAAA